CAAAACCACUGUGCUCAGUCCCCAGCGGCGGUGGCAGCGCUGACAGCAGCCGGUGCGCUGUGUCCCCGCAGCGCCCAGUACCCAGCAUCCCGCAUCCUGCAUCCGCCACGCUCCUCGAGUCCCCAGCUAGCGCCAGUACCCACCAUGGGGAAGCCCACGAGCUCUAGAUACGACUGGCGCCGCUUCCUGCGGAAUAACUGGCUGCUGCUCUCCACGGUGGCCGCCGUGGUGCUAGGCAUUGUCAUAGGAGUCUUGGUUCGUGGACACAGUGAGCUCUCAAAUCUGGAUAAGUUCUACUUUGCUUUUCCUGGAGAAAUUCUAAUGAGGAUGCUGAAGCUUGUCAUCUUGCCAUUGAUUAUAUCCAGCAUGAUCACAGGUGUCGCUGCACUGGAUUCCAAUGUAUCUGGAAAAAUUGGUCUGCGUGCUGUAGUGUAUUAUUUCUGCACCACCAUCAUUGCUGUGAUCCUCGGUAUUGUGCUGGUUGUGAGCAUUAAGCCUGGUGUCUCUCAGAAAGUGAGUGAAAUCAACAGGUCAGGCAAAAGCCCUGAAGUCAGCACAGUGGAUGCCAUGUUGGACCUAAUCAGGAACAUGUUCCCUGAGAACCUGGUCCAAGCCUGUUUUCAGCAGUACAAAACCAAGCGUGAAGAAGUGAAGCCUGUCAGUGAUCCUGGGGGGAAUGCAACAGAGGUGUCUGUCACCACCGCCAUGACAACAAUGCCUAAGAACAGGACAAAGGAAUAUAAAAUCGUGGGCCUGUAUUCAGAUGGCAUCAAUGUCUUGGGCUUAAUUAUCUUUUGCCUUGUCUUCGGACUUGUCAUUGGGAAAAUGGGAGAAAAGGGGCAGAUUCUGGUGGAUUUCUUCAACGCGUUGAGUGAUGCAACCAUGAAAAUCGUCCAGAUCAUCAUGUGCUACAUGCCGAUUGGUAUUUUGUUCCUAAUUGCUGGGAAGAUCAUAGAAGUGGAAGACUGGGAAAUAUUCCGCAAGUUGGGCCUUUACAUGGCCACUGUCCUGAGUGGGCUUGCCAUCCACUCCACUGUGGUUCUGCCACUCAUCUAUUUCAUAAUUGUGCGCAAGAACCCUUUCCGGUUUGCCUUGGGCAUGGCGCAGGCUCUCCUGACAGCUCUCAUGAUAUCUUCCAGUUCAGCAACCCUACCAGUUACUUUCCGCUGUGCAGAAGAAAAGAACCAGGUGGACAAGAGGAUCACAAGAUUCGUGCUGCCUGUUGGUGCCACCAUCAACAUGGAUGGCACUGCGCUCUAUGAGGCCGUGGCAGCCGUGUUUAUUGCACAGCUCAAUGACAUGGACUUGAGCAUUGGACAGAUCAUCACCAUCAGUAUCACAGCCACAGCUGCCAGCAUUGGAGCUGCUGGCGUGCCACAGGCUGGCCUGGUGACCAUGGUGAUCGUGCUGAGUGCUGUAGGCCUGCCUGCUGAGGAUGUCACCCUCAUCAUCGCUGUGGACUGGCUCCUGGACCGGUUCAGGACGAUGGUGAACGUUCUGGGUGAUGCAUUUGGGACCGGCAUUGUGGAGAAGCUCUCCAAGAAGGAGUUGGAGCAGAUGGAUGUCUCAUCUGAAGUCAACAUCGUGAACCCCUUUGCUUUGGAACCCACAAUCCUUGAUAAUGAAGACUCAGAUACCAAGAAGUCCUAUGUCAAUGGUGGCUUUUCAGUGGACAAGUCUGAUACCAUUUCAUUCACCCAGACCUCACAGUUCUAGAGGCCCAGCCUCAGAUGACUGGGAUGAGGCGGACAUCUCCACGGGAGUCAUCUCCUAGCAAACUCCAACAUUACCGAAUGAGAGAAACACUAAGAGUCAAUUGUACAUUUAGUUUGAUAAACAGACCUCCAGAUUAUUUUCUAUAUUUGGCUUAAUAGCCUUUGUUCUCUGGGUUUUGGAAUUUGGGGUGGGGUAGAAUGAAAGGAAAUUAAGACAGCUGUGUUAUCUGGAUUUUCUAAUUCUAUAAAACAAGAUCUAGAAGUAUAUGAAGUAGUUAACUGUUGGAACUAGGUAAUAUAUACGGAAGAGAAAUUGCUUUCUCGAGAGUAGACCCAUGUUUGGGGUUUUUAAACAAUAUUAUUAUUGGCUACAAAUUUUUACUCAGGCUUUCUAUUAGCAUAACUUCCCUUGCCUUCUAACUUUUUAUAGAUUAUGAUGCAUCUCAACAGUCCCGCCCAGUUAAAGUGCCAAAUUUUCCAUUUUGACCUCAUCUUCAGUCACUCCCAAACUACUCUAAAGAAAAAAAAAAAGAAGGUUCAGCAUAGUUCAGCAUAGUUCUGCAAUAAUAGUUUUAAGAUAGUUGUGGGGUUAGGGAAAGGGAGAGAGUUUUUUAUUCUAUGUACUGUAUUGGGAUGCUGGUAGCUGUUUAUCCAGUGUUCAGUAUAGAACUGUAUGUAUAUGUGUGUAUAUUUAUUAUUUUCAUAUGAUUUGCAAGACAGAGGUCAAUAAUGAACUAUCAAUGUGAAAUAAGACGUUCUCCUUGUACUUGAAUCAAAACUGCAAUUCCAAGACAGGCAGUGGUGGCACAUGCCUUUAAUCCCAGCACUUGAGAUGCAGGGACAGACAGAUCUCUGUGAGUUUGAGGCCAGCCUGGUCUACAAAGUAAGUCCCAGAACAGCCAGGGCUACACAAAGAAACACUGUCCCCAAAACACAACCAACAGACCAAACAAACAAACAAACAAACAAACCCUGCGAUUCAAGCUCAAGUGUACUUUGGAGCCCACCAGAACACCAUCAGGAGCUCUGGGAUGAGAAAUUAAGUUGCUGGCUUACUGUGUUCAGCCCUGAAGCAGAAAUGUAUUACAGUCAAACUCUGUGGUGGCACAGUCAAUCAUUUAUAACUUCCAGGCUUAAGGUCCCUUCAGGGAGAGAGUCCCUGUUGGCAGUGAAUAAAUGGGUUUACAAAGGCCGCUCUCCCAAAGCCUGGAUGUGCUCAGAGCCAAACAAGGCUUUAAGGCUUCGCUCUUCAUGUACACUCAGGUCCACUCCGCAAGGUUGUCACUUCACUGCCCUUGGUCCUCUUUGCCCCUCGGGGCAGAGACAACAGUGGCAAGCCAUCACCAGUUGUGUUUCAAAAUGGGCUGCCUAAGUUGAAAAAGCCAAGUGCAAGGUGACCAAGCUAUCCCUAUACUGUAUUCUUUUUAUUUUAUAUGUUUUUUUUUUUUUACUUUUUUGUUUUGUUUGUUUUGAGACAGGGUCUCUCUACAUAAGACUGGCUGUCAUCGAACUCACUAUGUAGACUAGGCUGGCGUCUAACUCACAGAGAUCCUCCUGCCUCGGCCUCCCUAGUGCAAGGCUGAAAGGUGUGUGCCACCAUGCCCAAAGGCAUGUGCCAUCAUGCCCAGCUCUAUACUGUACUCUUACAGAAUAAAACCCAGGUUGUGAACUACCAGUACCAGUGGUUCAGGGGAAACACUUCUGUUCCCUUCUGUCUCCUCCUUCAGAAAGGAUUGUUCGGAGAAUCUUGGCCUUGCUGCUCAGAUUCCUCUGCCUACCUUUCUCCUGCUCACUUCUAAAGACAGUUUAUCAAAAGUCUACACUUCCGCCCUCCUCUUGUAAAUAAAGCUCAACAAAAACUUGUACUUAACAUGGAGAUACCUUAUUAACAGUUGUGUUUCUGUAGUAUCAUUAGCCACCUUAAACCCAUGGUUUUAUGUGUAAGAAGCCAGAAAUUGUGCCAAAGAUAGUAGAGGGGUAAAGGAACGCUCAGUGUUGGCCACCUGUACCUGAAAACUGCAAGAAAAUGACGCUGACUUACUGACCAAGCAUCACAGUGACCAAGGACUCUGAAAACUGGAGUACAAAUAUCGGUAUUCUUUAUGGGAAGUAAAUCUAAACCUAAAUGAAGUUGAAUGAAUACUUUAUUUAGAAAUGAAUGGUUCUAUCACUCUUAUCAGGGACUCUCAUUAGUGACACUAUAGUUGGCAGAGCUGUUCACAAAUUCACUGGGAUCAUCCUUGGAACCAGCCACUUAACACAUUGUUCUGUUAACUCCUGAAACAGAACAUGUUCCAUUUCCUUCUCAAUAAACAUUUCUCAUACUCUUUGUCCCCUUA